UCAUUGUCCGUACUGAACACAUCUGCUCCCAGCAUCAACUGGCAGUCUGCUGUGCCUUCACCUGACCAUAAAGCGCAAUCCGCUAAGUGAUCUGUGAGAUUCCCUGAUGCAUCGAUCCUUAUCCUGGAGUAGAAUAGCGUGUGCUGCUAACACGCGUAUGGUCGAGCCGUUCUUUCAGAUCCCUGUAAUCGUCCGUCCGAAAUGCGUGCUCGCCGCGCGAAGCGGCGAUGCAUUCGGAGGAAUGAAGGGAGCGAAUGUAUGGCGAGCGGGAAAGCGAGUCACCGCCGUCCGUAGCAGCGUGAGCAACGGCGCGGAAAGCGGCGCCUGCAAUACCAGCAAUGCUGCUUCUGAACCCCUGUCGCAGCUCCCUGAUUGGUCAGAAAUUCCCUACACCCGGCUUCAGCUGCGUCCGGAGCCACAACUACCGCCACGUGUCGAGCACCUGUUGGUCGAACGAGAAGGGAGCGUCGUUGACGUAGUGGCUGAUUCGCUGAACCUUCCGCUGGAAUACAUCACAGAUUUGAUUCGAUUCGGAGGCAUCUACCACUCCCAGAUACCACCUCCCCCGCCUCCGAACCUCCCUCCGGAGGCACUUAAAGCCUACCUCGAGUUUAUCACUCAGCACACCGCUAUCCCCACCUCCUCCUCCUCCUCCUCCUCCUCCUCCUCCUCCUCCUCCUCCUCCUCCUCCUCCUCCUCCUCCUCCUCCUCCUCCUCCUCCUCCUCCUCCUCCUCCUCCUCCUCCUCCUCCUCCUCCUCGCCCUCCUCUAAGGCACCCUUGGCGGAGCUACAGAAAGUUAGGAGGGUGGAAUUAGAGGGAAUGAGGGGGAGAGGCGCGGGGGAGAAGGAGAGGAGGCCAAGGCAGAGGUCCCGCGACAAGGUGGAGAAAAAAGGAAGGGUCGGUUCGAAAUAUGUGCGGGGAGGGGAUGGGAAGGAUGGUAAGGGUGGUCGAGGCGGGGGUGGUCAGCAGCAGCAGCAGCAGCAGCAGCAGCAUCAGCAGCAGCAGCAGCAGCAGCAGCAGCAUCAGCAGCAGCAGGGCUUAGGGUAUGGAGGGGUGGUGAAUGCCGGGAGCUACCUUCGCGUUCAUGUGCAUCCGAAGCGAUUCCCCAUGUGUUACAGCUUUGGCUGGCAAGACGCUAUAAUUGCUAACGAGGACGACUAUGUGGUGAUAGAUAAACCAUACAACGUCCCUGUGGGCGGCACGGUGGACAAUCAGUUGGAGUGUUGCGCCUACUUCGGCGGGCAAGCGGUGGGGCUGGGCAGGCAGCUGCAGCUGACGCAUCAACUGGACAUGUGCACGCAGGGAUGUGUGGUGAUGGCCAAGAGUCGCCAGUUUGCCAGCAAGUUCAACCAGCUGCUGCAGGCACGCAAGGUUCGGAAGUUGUACAAGGCCCUAACCGCAUCGGCUCCUCCUCCGGGCAGGCACAUACAUUUCAUGUUGCCCGACCCGUACUCGCCAAAGAUUGUAUCACGAGAAGCCGUGCCAGGCUGGCUGCGCUGCGAGCUUGUGAUUCGCCAAGUGGAGGAGGUCUCCUGGCCUGCUUCUGCUGCGCUGGCUGCUGCUGAGGUGGACUGCUCUCAUUGGCCAGCUGCUGAUGUGGCGUACGAGUGCCUGGUGGAGCUGAUUACAGGAAGAACGCACCAGCUUCGGGCUCAGUUUGCAGCCUUGGGCGCUCCUCUUAUUGGUGACACCUUGUACGGACCUUCGGAGGCCCAAAGAGCUUCAGCUCUGGUUUUAAAUGGAUGCAUUUUCCCUGAUCACGAUCCUUCCAACGUGAGCGCAAAUGGAAUGGGGGGCUUGGACCCAGAGAGGAGCAAGCCUGUAGUCAAUGCAGAUGUGCUUUCCCAAGCGAAACGACUUUUUGGGGUGGCGCCAGAAGCGGCUAUUGGCUUGCAGGCAUUCUCUGUGAGCUGGGAGGAGGAACUUGAAGAAGGUAUGGGGCGAUUAAGAACCGUUCACAAGCAAUAUAAGGCAGGUAGUCCAUGGUGGAAAUAAUAUAUACAUGCAUUGGAUGCUGUGAAUGUUAGACUUGUCUGGGAAUGGGAAAUGCGUAGGAGACUUCGCAGUCAAGGAUACUCAAUAACGCGCCCUAAUUGCG